UGUCUUGGUUUUUUCUCGCCAGAAACUUCUGGAAAUUUUAAUUCGGGAAUUUCAACUUGGAAAUUUUAGUCUCGUCAUUCAUUUCAUUUUACUACUGCGACCAAGCACAGUCACACAUAAUCUUCUUCUCUAAUCUUUGACAAGUUUUUGAACAAUUAACCAUGUCUUCCUCGGGGGGUGGUGGUGGUAGUGGGAACGGGGAUAUGGUCAAUCUGCACGAUCCCGACCUUGAACUUAUCGACCCUACGCCGGAUAUUCACGCGCUGUUCGCCCACUUCAAUAAGGAAUUCUUUUCCGGCGCUUUGGGCGCAGUGACGGUCGAAUGGAGCAGCAGGAUGACGUCGUGCGCUGGAUUGUGCUACUAUCUGGGGAGGCGAGGGGGUUGUCGGAUUAAGCUGAGUAAGCCGCUGCUCACCCUGCGACCAAGGACUGACCUGGUCGAUACGCUCCUGCAUGAGAUGAUUCACGCUUACUUCUUUGUAAAAAAUGGAUUCACUCGUCUCGAUCGGGACGGUCAUGGGCCUGAUUUUCAACAGUAUAUGAAAGCAAUUAACGAAGCGGCGGGGACUAAAAUUACGGUGUAUCAUACCUUCCACGACGAGGUGGACCAUCACCGACGUCACUGGUGGAAAUGCACUGGACCCUGUGUCACCCGGCCGCCAUUCUUCGGGAUCGUUAAACGUGCCAUGAACCGAGCUCCUGGACCGAAUGACCUCUGGUGGUCCGAGCAUCAGGCGUCUUGUUCCGGCUCCUUCGUCAAAAUCAAGGAACCAGAAAAACCGGUCAAGGUGGCGAAACGACGACUGCCUGGAGGAGCAACAUCUCUUGUUGGAUCUGGUGCUGUUGUGGGGGGAGGAAAUACGAUGCCGAUGCAACCCAUCACUAAAUUUUUUACUCCUGCAAAUCAUGCCGGAGGAGUUGCUUCAGCGUCCUCCUCAUCUCACGAGAUUACUGAGAUUACUGAUCACUCCACCCCAAUGAGUGUGGACGACCCUAUCACAUUAUCCGACAGUGACGACGACGACAUCGAUUCCGAUCUGCGAAAAGCUAUCGCGCUCUCACUUGGUAGCAGUCUUACUAUGAAUGGUCAGUCAUCAUCAUCGGGCAAUCGACCGUCUACAAGCAACGCUGCUACUGCUUCUGUCGCCGCUGGAGGAGGGGGACCAUCGACAUCUCGAAAUACUCAGGUCUACCAGUCCGUGCCUUUUCCGCAGCUUCGUCCGAACUACAGCAACCCCUCGACCACAAGUUCGUACAACUUCCCAGGGGUCGGACACCGUCUCGGAAGUUAAGAAGAAAGCUGAAUACGUCGACCACACAAAAUACCUGAUCCCACCCACCCGUCAAGUUUACAAACCGCAAAGAAAUCCAUACAAUUUUUAUACAAUUCCUACCUCACCACCACCACAUUCCAUUUUACCAAACAAGAAGUAUUUUUAUUUAGUAACCAAAUUCUUAGUUCUGUGCUGUUAGGUUAUAAAACCAUUAUAAAAUUAGCAUGAUAAGUUAAUCAAAGUAUGUUUAUUUAUGUACAAGGAGUUAAUACUGUUGCCCUUGUUCUUUGUAAUUAAUUAGCGGCUGAGAGCAAUCGGUGUGAUCAUAUGAAAUUCUAGUUUGUCAAUAACUACAUACGUACAUAUAACGUGAAUAAUCUCUUUGUGGGAUCACAAUUCUGAAUGAUGAGUAAUCUGCUUCUCUUAAAUAAAACUCAGGUUUGUAGCAGAAUGAAAAAAUCGA